AUGGAACCAGAUAGCAUCACAGACUCGGAGACAGGAAGUCCUACUCCUUCUGGAUGGUGGAGAAAGCAAACAUAUGACUACUGCAGCUAUUAUCUGGAUGGUGAUGGGAUUAUCCAAAAGAUUUAUCACGAUCCAGAUGUGGAAGAAUCAAGGACGAGAGGACGAGCGAAGACUCCCCCUCCACAGAAAGGAGCUCUUAAGAAGACUGAAAUCCUUGGUUCCUCUAAACAUGCUGAUAGGGGGUCUACCCUAGUGAGCUUCGAGCCUCAGGCGUGGCCUCCGAAGUACUUCUUGCGGGGAAAUCCCUGGACGAGUGAUGUUAGGAACGAUUCGUUCGGACCGACAAAAUUAGAGACAAAUCGUUUCAGGUCGCAUGACAGCGAGGGAGAGACUGCCUGGCACUAUAGUCAAUCGCCGAACGACCUCGACGCUCCCCCUCCUGAGACCGCAACUCCCAGAAUGUUAGGGACGAUAUAUGUCCACAAGGAUACCAGGGAUGGGGGCUAUCAAUUAUGGGUUUGGUGCAAUCACGAAGGCAGAGAGCGAGAGCUCGGGUGGCGGCCUGUAGAUCUGGAGAAUGAACAGUUCGCACACCCCAAGUUUGCGAUGAGGUCGUUGAAGUUGACUUCUGCAGGGAAACCUAGCUGGGUUCUGAAUAGCACGUUGACGACGUACCGCACCAGGAGUACAAGGCGAUCCAGGUCGCGGCCCGCCACGGGCUCGACAUUGGGUUUUACACCUGAACCAGAGUCUGGCUCAAGCAGUACUCCAAGGCCUACCACGAGCAAUUUCGAUAUCACCGAGAAUCUCAUACUUGGAUUUACGACGAGCGCGUUCAUCCCGUCAACCACCGAUACUCAAAUCCUCAGAAAGAUGGAACCAGCCACUACUUCGAAACCCAUCAUACGUGAUAGUCAGAUACCGCGGUGGGCUCCAGAUAACGAGCUUGCCUCGUUUUUGUGUGAAAGAGAAAGGAAGGAAUCUAAUGGGCACUCCAACCAACCAAUCUAA